AUGUCCGCCCCAAAGCAAAUCUACAUCGCCAUCGUCGGCCUCGGCGGCGUCGGCAAAGCCUUUCUCUACCAACUCGCAUUCCUCCGCCAGCGCCUCUCCAAACAAUCCCCCUCCAUCGACCUGCGCCUAAUCCUCGCCCGCCGCAGCACAAAACAACUCUUCAGCUCCAACUGGGAACACCUCGACACCACAACCGUAGCCUCACAACUCGACAAGAACGGCAGCCCACCACCGCCUUUCAACGAAACGUUUGGACAGCUGGCAAGAGCUCCGGGAAAGGUCGUGCUGGUGGAUAAUACCUCUGAUCAGGGAUUGGCAUCACUGUAUCCGAUGGUUCUGCAGAGGGGGAUCAGCAUCGUGACACCAAAUAAGAAGGCUUUCUCGGAUAAGAUUGAUCUGUGGCAGGCGAUUUUCAGCUCAGCAGCGAAUGGCACUGGGUCUGCGAGCAACGGAUACGUGUUCCAUGAGUCGACUGUUGGUGCGGGAUUGCCUGUAAUCUCGUCGUUGAAAGAGCUGGUCGAGACGGGCGAUGAGGUCACGAAGAUUGAGGGUGUGUUCUCGGGAACGAUGUCGUUCUUGUUCAAUUCGUUCCAGCCACUUGGUGGUGGAGGCGGCAAGUUCGCGGCGGAGGUGAAGAAGGCGAAGGAGCUGGGGUAUACGGAGCCGGAUCCACGAGAUGAUUUGAAUGGGUUGGAUGUUGCGAGGAAGCUUACCAUUCUCGCGCGGAUUGCGGGCUUGAACGUUGAGUCGCCCACAUCGUUCCCGGUGCAAUCCCUCAUCCCCAAGGAACUGGAGUCUUGCAGUUCUGGGGAUGAGUUCCUGGAGAAGCUACCUCAAUUCGACGACCAAAUGGACAAGAUCAAGGAGGAAGCGAGCAAGGAGGGCAAGGUCGUCCGGUUCGUGGGCAGCAUCGACGUGCCCUCGAAGCAAGUCAAGGUCGGUUUGGAGAAGUUCGAUGCCUCACAUCCGAUUGCUGCUCUCAAGGGCAGCGACAACAUCAUCAACUUCUAUACGAAACGAUAUGGCAGCAACCCUCUCAUCAUUCAGGGCGCGGGCGCUGGUGGCGAUGUGACGGCAAUGGGUGUGACGGGUGAUUUGAUCAAGGUUGUGAGACAGCUGCAGUGA